AGUUCAAAGGCGUGACGUCAUGCUGUAGAAGGAUUGUCGGCGGCGGGCAUGUGGCUUUGAUGUUUUAUUUUCAAACUUUACUGAAAAGUGGAUUUUGAUUUUUGAUGAUGGCAGUUACAUAUUAAUGUGUUUGACGGAUAAAUUUUGAAGUUAGUUUGUGUUAUUCGCUACUGGAUUACACGCCGAAACGACUUUAGUGGCUCUGGCCGAUAUACGGAUAUUUGGGGACCCUAAGGGACGUUGGACUUUUCAAGCCACAGGCAUGCUGACCUGUGCUGAUAGAUAUGUCUAGCAAAGUAGACCAGUUUCUGUCCGAAAGUGGAGGCAACAACUUUACAGAGACGGCCCCUAGGCCACCGGUUCCAGGUGAAGAAAAUGAGAAGGAAAGCAAUGGGGGCAUGUCGACGCGAAGUAGUGGCUCACACAAGAGCCAGGUGUCGCACACUUCCGGCAGAAGCAUUGGUUCAAACAAGGGGGACAUUAAUCCUGCCACACCCAGAAAAUCUAACAUUGACAAAGCUGCUACGAGUAACGUCACUAACGUGUCAUGUGGAUUUGACGAUGAGAUGGAUGCGCCUCUAGGUUUCGAACCAGAGGGCUCGGCGGCAAAUUCACCACCAUUUACAGAAAACAGUACCCCUCCAUAUUUAAAAUGGGCUGAAAGUUUACACAUUUUAUUAGAUGAUCGCGAUGGUGUUCAGUUAUUCAAAUUGUUUCUUCAACAGGAGGGUAUAGGAACAUGUUCUGUGGAUUUCUGGUUUGCAUGUCGAGGAUUAAAACUCAAAGCGGAGGGAAGUGAGGAAUAUUUACAAGUGAUUAAAAUUAUUCAUAAGAAAUUUAUUAAAAGUGAUAAAUUACCAUAUGUGGAUUUAAAUACAAAACGAAAAAUUACUGAAAGUAUUCAGUCUGGCAUGGAUGUGAGUAUAUUUAGUGAGGCUCAAGAACAAGUUGAAAAUUACAUGAAAAAUGACACAUAUCCAUUGUUUUUAAAGUCGGAUCUCUACAUUCAGUAUGUGUCAAAAGAGGGUGAAAGUCCAAAAAGCUCAAACAGUAGUAGUGGGUCAAAUAGUGCUAGACCUAUGUCCUCGGGUCCUCUGCCCACUUUAAAAGAAGACCAGGAACUUCAACAGGACGACUUUGCUGUUCCAUAUAUAGAUGUAGGACCACCUCCAACAAAGACUUCAAACCGCUCAUUAAAUUGUGAUACUAAAAGGCAGGAAGUGUUUAGCGCACCUUACAAUGUUCGGCCUGUACCAUACCAUGUUUCGUAUGCGCCAGUGUCCGCCCAAGACAGCGAGAUUCAGUCAAUAUCCUCCAGUCAGGAUGCUCUUACAGACGAUACACGUUCGUUGACAGACAGUAGCGUAGAUGGCCAUUCAUACAGAGAAUCAAGGAAACACAAAAGUUAUAUGAAGGCUAUGAAAAGACGUGCUGGCAAUAACAGAGAAUAUGGUCAUAAUUUUAUUCCAAGAACUGAAAGAGCACCAAAAGAUCGUAAUAUUGCAGAGGUUGACUGCAAAAAGUUUGCCCAGAUGCUUAUAGAGAAACUGCUGCAAGUGCAGAAGGAAAGAGAGAAAGAAGAACGGGUAAAAAUUUCGCUCAGCCAGGUUAUGAAUAAGAGUGAUAUCAAUGACACACUUGAUAAAUCGUGUGUGUCAGCGACAUCAUCAAAGAACAAUACUACCUCCACCUCUCUUGUGCCUUUACUCACAUCAUCUGUCAUAGAUGAAGAAAAUGCAGACUCUAUCCUUGAAGAGCAUUGUUCACGAAUAUGGGAACGUUCAGCGCAGCAGACACCAAGUCGGUCGCCUGGACGACACUCGCCCAGGUCUAAGUCACCCGACAGAUUUCGAAAAAGUUUAUCUCAAAGUCAUCCUCAUUCUGGCACAUCAAGUAUGCCAACGACUUUACAUUCAAAACCAUUAUCUAAGAAACGGGGAGAGUUUUAUUCCAUGUCGUCAUUCGAUAGUGGUAUGGGAGAGGACCUUAAUAAGUGUUCAGUUGAAACUCAUAAACAUAUUCAUCAUCAUCAUCACCAUCAUCAUAAUGAGAGAGGACGUAAAUCGAAACAUAAGUUAGAACAGCAAGCACAGCAGCAUAGUAUGAUGUGUUGGAGUGAUGGAACGCCGCGACCUCAUAGUUCUAGUGGAACGAGACAAAAGACUGGUAGUCGGACUCAUUCUGAUGCGUGUAGUAAUUUAGAUAGUGGAAUUAGUAUGGUUGAAUCAGUUGGUCAGCCGCAAGCAGAUAUUUCGAUGUCAGAUCCAUCAAGAACUAAAGUAUUACAGUGGAUCCUGGACAAUGAGAACAUGAACAGAGGUACCAGUUCAGCAUACACUGAUUCCGACAAGACAAGUUCUACGUAUAAACGUUCCCACAAAUCGUCAGCAUUAACUCCCCUUCCACAACAGCCACACAAGCAAAGUACUUCAAAGAAAGGAAGUAGCAGUAGUCACAUGAAUAGAUCUGCGUCUGCUGACAGUGGCAGUCGCCAGCCAUGGGUAUCUCAGGGAGGCGCUAUUGGUGUGAUGCCCAGUCAGCCAAUCGUGCAAGAUCCAUCAAUGCCGCUGAUGCCACCGCCAAAUAUACGUGUACAGCUCGAUGAGGUGAAGAGAAGACUUCACGAGGCAGACACGAAUACAAUCCCACCUAAAUCUAAGUCAUUUACUGGAGUUUCGAACAAGGAUCGCCGGCCUGGCAUGCCAAUGUCCCAAAGUACAGGACAGGAUUAUUCAUACACAGUUCCGUCUGCUAAGACUGUACCUGCUGACCUUGACAUUUCAGUAGAGAGAACUGAAAAGAAGAAGCGAUCAUCAGGGAGUGGAAAUACCUCAGGGUCAAGUAAGCCAGACGAGAUCAGUAUCGGUUAUUACUUGUGCGGCGAACCAAUCCCGUACAAGACGACCAUACCGCAAUCCAGUGUCACCCUCGGACAGCUCAAACAGCAUAUUAGCAAGAGAGGAAAUUUCAGGUAUUUUGUCAAGACAUACAACAAAGACUUUGAUUCCGAGGCCGUAUACGAAGAAGUCAAGGAAGAUAAUCGAAUACUGCCAGAGUACGAUGGGAAAAUACUCGUCAAAAUUGAGCGAAAAGAUGACCUUGAUACUUCAAACAAGUCGAGCGGGAGUGACAAGAAAUAUCAACUGUAAACUAAUAAAACUAUGGAUUGGUGCGAUAUUUAUAAUGCAUUCGUGUAGUAUUAUUCCAUUUCGUUUCGAUUGGAAGGAUAAACUAUGUGAAACCAAAGAGUUUCUUCAUAAUAUUGUUUAUAUUAGGCCGGGCAUAUGAUAUAUAUUGAAAUGGACAAUAAGAAAACGCAAUAUAGACAUUUGAAUUUGUUCAUUAUGUUUGUAUAAAUGCAAAAUACAAAGGUUUGAACAUAAACGUGUAACUGUCAUGGAUCAAGAUAUAUGUGUAAAUGUUGAAAAUGGAAUAAAUGACAUGAGAAAUAAGUGUGUUGAUUAGGUAAUGAACAUAAAAGUUUUCGUAAAAUUUACAUGGCAGUUAAACAGUUUACAGACAGUAAUUACAGGUUGUUGACAAGGAAGGUCUGUGUGUUAUGUUUUAUCAAAGUUUCAAGAUAUAAACAUGACUUUGUACCAAGUUAUUGUUAGUUAUGUACAGAUUAUAUACAGUUUGAACAAGUUGUGAAAAAGGCCCUAUAUUAAUACUCUGCUCCACGAUGCAUUCUAUACGGUAGUGUUUUUUAGAACCUAAUAGUGCUAUGGUUGUGACAAUGCUCAUUUUACAAAAAUGCAUUGAAAAUGUGUUUUUGGAAUCUUUAACAUGAUUGACUAGUACUGGCUUAUGCUUUUUUUCUGAAGUAAUAAAGACGUCUUUAAUCUUACCAGAGCAAAUAUGUCAAAUUGCUGGAAUCAUUUCUUUUUUAUCAAACAUCAGAAAUUUUGCAGGCUUUUUGAUAAUAUCUUGCCAUUUUUGUAGGACCUUUCAUAUCUUCAGUAAAAAAUAGUGACUGAAAAUUAAAAAAGAAACAUGCUUUCAAAAGUCUGUAGUGUGUAUUUUUGAGCUUAAACAUUAAAAAAUACAAACCUUGCUAUUUGAUAACGUGAUUUUAAGCUGGAUGUAGUUGAAAUGCAAUACUUUAUACAAAAAAUUGUCACAAACUGUUAAUAGCUACAUUUUAAAUAUAUAUUUUCUUUUGAAAGAAAUAUAAACUGAUUUUUAACUUUUCUAUGAAAAAGUAUUUAAAGAUACUACAAGAAUAAUCUUGAAGAAAGUUGUUUUAGUGAAAAAGUAUGUUUUAAGAUUUUAGUGCAAAACUUAUUUAAUGUAUACCACUUUUGUUUUACUGAAAGUACACAUGGUGCACAGUAUCAGUUGCAUUUUUACCCAUGUUUUAGGUAAUUAUGUUCUGACAACUCGUUAGGUGAAGGCACUGUAAGCUGAUACUUUUUCAAAACUCUACCAGUACUUAUUGAGUGAUACUGUGAAAUCAGUAGCAGACAUGGGGAUCUACUUUUGGUGGAUAUCAUGGUUGUGUUAUUCUGUAAUUCCCAGUUAUUUAAUACCCAGGAAUGUUUGACACCACAAUAGAAUGGUCAUUUUGGCCAAAUCUACGAAAUUUUAUGCCCAAAAAAUGAUUUCACAGUUGACAUUGUUUUAAAUUUGUUUAUCACAUUUGGAAUCAAAUACUGUUUUAAUAUUGGGUAAUUUCUCAUGAUCCCACAAAAGUGUUAGCUUUAGCAUGUUGCGUUUUAAAAAGAACAAUUAAGUUAAAUAUAAAAUACGGCUAAAAUGUAGUAGUACAGAUAAGUCAAUGAGGUACAUGUUUGCGGCUCAUCAUACAUAUACCAAAUUGUUUUUGACUGUAUUCUUAGGUUCAUUGUGAAUAAUGAAUGAUAUAAUUUUCCACGGAACUGAAUAUGAGUGAGAUUGUACUACAUUUUUUAUACAGUAGCACUUACUUGGUUUGAUAUAAAUAUAUUGUACGAGAUACCAUGACUAAGAAUGUUAAUUUUCACUUUAUAUACAGGCUAUCUACCAGUUGAUUGUAGGCUAGUGCCAGCAAGAUCUGUUAAACCAAUUUUCGAGUAGUCCAGUGUUCAUUUUAACAAAGUCCACAUUUAACAACUUAACCCAUGUAGGGAAGCAGGAUAAUGAAAUAGUAGUUCCACAUAGUGUCUAGUUAAUUUAAUACUAGCAGUUGUUGUAUGAAUUGAAAAUGGAAACAAAAUCCUUUCCUGAGGUAUAAAUCUAGGGUCUCCAACUUUAUGAUACCUAUAUGACAAGUGGAAAUUCCCAUUAGAUUCUGCAUCUUACUUGGGAGAUGUGCUUGUAGGAGCUACAUUCAGACCGAAGCCUACAAAAAUGGCAUUAUGGGUAAACAGAAUUGAACAGAAACUGCCUAUUGUCAUUAUGUGUCUGUUACCACCCUUAGCUGGCUAAAUUUCUAUAAUGGGCUGAUCCAUCAUUCAAUUUGGGCAAUACCAUUUAUUAUUUGAGUGGGUGUUCACUGAAUAUUUACUGACUGAAUAGCGAACAGUGCAGUUCAUGAUCAGACUGCACAAAUGUGCAGGCUGAUCUUUGUCUGCACUGGUUGCAAAGGCAGAAUCAUUUGCCGCCAGCAGGCUAAGGGUUAAUUGCCUUGGAAAUUUAUUAGUAACACCGUUGUUAUCUGAAAUCUUUGGUAAUUUCAUUUAAAGUGAAAUUAAGAAAAGUUGAUAGCCUUGUAUGUAGAGUGCUCAUAACCAUCUUGAAAAUCAUUUAAAGUCUCAGGAAAAUUAGUACUAGUAUAGAGUGAACAGAUUUUUCAUUAUUUAUGGCAAAUAACAAUGUUUGUUUCUUAUAGAAACCGCCAUUAUUAAGGCAAAUGUACAUUUUGUAAUUUAUAAACUUCGAAUUGAAUGAAAUAAAACUGGCAUUAUUAAUUUAAAAAUCAAAUGUGCUAUGUAUUUGUAGCUGUAACAUGUCACCAUUGCUUCAUAUUUAUUUUGAACCAUUACAUAAUAUUAUUUUCAGUCACAUUUAUGAAGGAUUUUCUGUCAUUAGCGAUGUUCAGAAAAUUUAUUGAAAUUGAUGUUAUUUUAGGUGAUGUGGAAAUUUAUUUGAUAGUAAGAAAUAAUUUUGUUUGCUGCAUUAUUAUUAAACAUCUUUUUCUCUGGCACAAUUUCGCAAAAAUACAUUCUUUUGUUUGACUUUUUUUCUGUUUCAAAAUUUUUCUCCCGCUAGAUUUUGAUGAUAUUACAGACACUUGCAACUUAAGUCACAUUUUGAGAUCCUUGUAAAAACAGUUAUCAUUAUUUAUUGCUUCGUUUGACUCGCAGAAUGUCCUUCAUAAGUGAUAUUAUAUGCCGAUAUUCAGUAUUUGAUAAAAGAGUAGGUUGUAUGUUAAUAAAUGAGAAUAUUCGAAUCAUGUUUAAAUAUUUAAUAGGAGGAAAUAUGUACCAGCAGAUGAAUAAUGUCUUGAUAAAUAUUGUAUUAAAUGUCCUGAUAAAUAUUUUGUUAAAUACUACUCAAUAAUUUGUUUACGUUUAAUGUACAAAAUACAUGUAUAUUAAUCAAAUCUAUCACAGAUACACUGUGAAAUUAGUUUGAGAUUUAUGUUUAUGAACAGUAAAUUGGAAAAAAAUGUUCCAUUACAUAGCUUUAAAUUAAAUAGUUACUUACAGACAGAAAAUUUAAAAUACGUUUUGGUGCUGAAAAAUUUCUUUGCAGUUGACAUUAAGAAAACUAGUAUUAUUUUGUCUGGAAUUAUUCCAGUAACUCUUUCAGAACAUAUUUGACAUCUGUUAUAUUUAAAAGCAUUUACUUGGGAAGACAGUAAUUGGGAAAAAAUUAGAAAUUAGACCAAAGCACUGAAAUCUUGCCAUUUUUGUAUGUUUAAUUGCUGGUACAUAAUUCUACAUGUGUGAUGUCAUAUCAGGUCUAUGUUGUAGGGCCGGCUCUGUCCCCUGGGGCAGCAUGUCUGUGAUGAUAGAUUUUAUUGUCAUGUAUUUGUAAACUAUGACAGAAUAAAAAUGUGUCAAUCUUA